CUUACAGAAGAAGAAGAGAAUAAACUCGUUGCGAUAAAUGAUACUAGUCUGUAGCGCUGUAGCUAACUGGUUUCCAGCUUCAGACCAGCGGGUUAACUGGUUCCCAGUGAGAUAAAUGAAGACAGAUUCUUCUCCUGGGUUCACUUCAAUGUUUUAUCUGUCAGUGUGAACUAGAAGCAGCUCCACAGAGAUGAAAACAGCCCGCAGAGACUCUGAGCGGAGCUAACGAUGCUAACGAUGCUAACAGGCUCCAGCAGCAGCUGUGGCUCCUAAACUGGAGCUUCAGCUCCAACAGAGCUGAAUCAAAGCUCUACAACUCUGGUUUAGACGAUAAGAUGCUGAGCUUCCGGUCUGAAGAUCAGCCUCCAUUUUGAGCUGCAGGAUGGAAAUAACUUGCUGACUUGUUACUAGAGGACAGUUACUGGAACCGGAUCACUGGACUGACUGGUUCUGGUUUCUCUCUCCAAAAGGCCAGAAGAUGGAAGAUCAGGACAGAGCAGAACCUCUAGGACCCAUCAGUCCAUCUAUGAGGAAUGACCGGUCCAAACCAGAACCUCCAGUGUUCAGUAAUGAACCUGGACCCUCAGACAGAAAGAGCUGUGAGUGUGAAGAAAGACCCAGAACAGGAGCUGAACGGCCGACAGCCAAUCAGAGCAGCUGUUCUCCAGAGGAAAAACUUUUCAAGGUUCGCCCUGAGUUUGUGGAGAAAGUCUCUGAGGAAAUCCUGAAACGGCUCCUUGAUGAUCUUCUAUCAGAUGGCGUCUUUCAUCAUUCAGAGAUUGAAGGUAUACUGCAGAAGAACCCAAUCAGAGCAGACAAGGCCCGCGACACCAUAGAUGCUGUGAUGAAGAAAGGACAGGAAGCCUGCAGAUUGAUGAUCAAACGUCUUCAUCACAGAGAUCCGACUCUGUCCAACCAGCUGGGUUUGUCCUCUGACUCCUCUGGUCCAGAUUUUGAUAUUCGGUGUCAACGUGAACUUAAAGCGUCUCUGAAGAAGAAGUUCCAGAGUCUCUUUGAAGGCGUCGCUGAACAUGGAAAUAAAACCGAUAUGAACCAGAUCUACACAGAGCUCUACAUCACAGAGGGGUUAACUAGGGAGGUCAACCAGGAACAUGAGGUCAGACACAUUGAAACAGCAUCCAGGAAACAAGAAACAAUCAGAAGAGAAGACAUCUUUAAAGUAUCACCUGGAAGUGAUCAACCAAUCAGAACAGUGAUGACCAUGGGAGUGGCUGGCAUUGGGAAAACACUGUUAACACAGAAGUUCACUCUGGACUGGGCUGAAGGCAAAACCAACCAGAACAUUGAUUUCAUAUUUCCAUUCACUUUCAGAGAGCUGAAUUUGCUGAAAGAAGAAAAGUUCAGCUUAUUAGAACUGAUUCAUAAAUUAUUUUCUAAAACCAAAGAAAUCAGCAGCUUUGAAACGUUCCAGGUUCUGUUCAUCUUUGAUGGUCUGGAUGAAAGUCGAAUUAAUGUGAAUUUCAACAACAAUCCGAUCCUGACUGAUGUUACAGAGUCCAGCUCAGUGGAUGUUCUGCUGACAAACCUCAUCAGGGGGAAACUGCUUCCCUCUGCUCUCCUCUGGAUAACCACACGACCUGCAGCAGCCAAACAGAUCCCUGCUCAUUGUGUUGACAUGGUGACAGAGGUCAGAGGGUUCACUGACCCCCAGAAGGAGGAGUACUUCAGGAAGAGAUUCAGAGAUGAUGAAGAGAAGGCCAGCAGGAUCAUCUCCCACAUCCAGAAAUCAAAAACUCUCCACAUCAUGUGUCACAUCCCAGUUUUCUGCUGGAUCACUGCUAAAGUUCUGGAGAAUGUGAUGAAGACCAGAGAGGGAGAAAAACUGCCCAAGACUCUGACUGAGAUGUACAUAGAGUUCCUGGAGGUUCACUUUGCAAUCAAGGAGGAAAAGUAUUUUGGAAAAGCUGAAGAAGAUCCAGAGAACAAGAAGCUGAUUGAGUCUCUAGGAAAACUGGCUUUUGAGCAGCUGCUGAAGGGAAACCUGAUCUUCUAUGACAAAGAGCUCAAAAAGUGCGGUAUCAACAUCAAAGAUGCUGCGUUGUUCUCAGGAGUUUUCACUGAGAUGUUUAAAAGAGAGAGAGGGACGCGCAACAUCUCCGUCUACUCCUUUGUUCAUCUGAGCAUCCAGGAGUUUCUGGCUGCAGUCUACAUGCUCCACUGUUUCACCAGCAGGAAGUCAGAGGUGAUCAAGACGUUUCUGGGAGAAAAACACAGAAAAACAUCUCUAGAUGAGUUCAUGAAGAAAGUCAUGGAGAAAUCCCUCCGCAGUGAAAAUGGCCACCUGGACCUGUUUGUCCGCUUCCUUCAUGGUCUCACUGUGGAGUCCAACCAGAGCCUCUUAGGAGGCCUGCUGGGUCAGACAGAGAACAGUCCAGAAACCAUCCAGAGAAUCAUCACCAACCUGAAGAAGAUGAACACUGAUAUAAUCUCUACUGACAGAAGCAUCAACAUCUUCUACUGUCUGGUGGAGAUGAACGACGUCUCAUUUUAUCAGGAGAUCCAACGGCUGCUGGAUUCAGGGAAGGAGCUCUCAGUGACUGACUGUUCAGCUCUGGCCUUCAUGCUGCAGAUGUCAGAGGUUCUGGAUGAGUUGGACCUGAAGAAGUACAACACAUCACAAUGGGGACGACGGAGACUGGUUCCAGCUGUGAGGAACUGCAGAAAGGCUCGACUUGGUGGCUGUUUGAUCCAAAUGGCUGAAUGUGAAGUUUUGGCCUCGGCUCUGAAGUCCAACCCAGAUCUGACUGAACUGGAAAUAAGUUGGAUCAUACUGGGAGGUGGAGACUCUGAUCUGAAGCCUCUGGUUGAGAUCCUGGAGAGUUCAGUCAGUAAAGUGGAGAAUCUGGGGUUGUAUGAAUGCAGUUUGCCAGAGACCAGCUGGACUUCUCUGUUCUCAGCUCUGAAGUUCAACUCGACCCAUCUGACAGCACUGACCCUGUACAGAACCAAGCUGGAAGAUUCUGGACGGAAGGAGCUCUGUGGUUUUCUACAGACUGAAGGCUGCAGACUGGAGACAUUGAGAUUGAAGGACUGCAGUUUGUCAGAGACCAGCUGGACUUCUCUGUUCUCAGCUCUGAAGUCCAACCCGACCCAUCUGACAGAACUGGACCUGAGCAACACCAACCUGGAAGAUUCUGGAGUGAAGGAGCUCUGUGGUUUUCUACAGACUGAAGGCUGCAGACUGGAGAUAUUGAGCUUGAAUGGCUGCAGUUUGUCAGAGACCAGCUGGACUUCUCUGUUCUCAGCUCUGAAGUCCAAACGGACCCGUCUGACAGGAUUGGGCCUGAGCAGAACCAACCUGGAAGGUUCUGGAGUGAAGGAGCUCUGUGGUUUUCUACAGACUGAAGGCUGCAGACUGGAGACAUUGGUGUUGAUGGACUGCAGUUUGUCAGAGACCAGCUGGACUUCUCUGUUCUCAGCUCUGAAGUCCAACCCGACCCAUCUGACAGGACUGAUCUCGUACAGAACCAACCUGGGAGAUUCUGGACUGAAGGAGCUCUGUGGUUUUCUACAGACUGAAGGCUGCAGACUGGAGAGAUUGGAUUUGUGGGACUGCAGUUUGUCAAAGAUCAGCUGUGAUUAUUUGGCCUCAACUCUGAAGUCCAACCCGACCCGUCUGACAAAACUGGGCCUGAGAGGAAACAACCUGAAGGAUUCAGAUGUUCAGCAGCUGAAGGAUCUUGUAGAGACUGUAGAGUUCUGGCCUCAGUAAAGUAGAAAAUGGUCUCAGUGUCCUGCUGAUCCUCAGAGGUUGAAGCUGCAGCAGUUUGAGUCUAAAG